AUGACAGAAACACUCAAGCCAUUACUGCUCAUAUGCAGCUCUCCCGCACAAGGCCAUUUUGCACCCUGCAAAAUCAUCGCCAAACAACUCAUAAAUCGAGGCUACGAAGUCACGUUUCUGACCGGAACUCGAUUUGGACCUGGUCUCGAAGCCAUCGGCGCCGCUUUUGUUCCCUUACAAGGCUAUUCCGAUUAUGAUGAUUCACCGAGCGAGAUGGCGAAGAAAUGGCCUCUCCGAGAGAGUUUCCAGGGUCCCGCUAGAAUGCUUUACGAUAUGGAACAAUUAUUCCUUAAUGCCAUGCCCUCACAAUUUGAGAGUAUUCAACGCGCUUUGAAGAUAAUGACGGAUAAACAACCGGGAAGACAAAUUGUUCUUCUUAACGAUGUUAUUUUCUGUGGUGUACUCCCCCUCUUGAUGAAUGCACCAGGCAUCAAACCUACAGCGAUAAUUGGUAUUGGGAUCGCCUCCAUUUUUAUCACCAGCCAAGAUGUUCCACCGAUUGGAACUGGACUCUUUCCAGAUAGUUCACCGGAAGGCCGCGUGCGCAAUCUAGCCAUGCACGCCGAUUUACAGAGCGGACCGUUUGCCGGAAUCAAUAAAAUCUUCCACGACAAUUUCGAAAAAGUCGGCGCGCAACGUCCAUCCACGUUUUCCUUUGAUUCCAUGUAUAUCCUCCCUGAUAGAUUUAUUCAGCUCUGUGCUCCCAGUGUCGAAUAUCUUCGGAGUGAUCUUCCCAAAACAUUGUCUUUCUCCGGUGGUGUGCCGAAAGGUCAUAGAGAUGUUGUGCUCACUACACGCCCUACAUGGUGGGAAGAAGUCACCGUCAAUCCAUCGAAAAAACGGAUUGUUUUCGUUAGUCAAGGAACCAUCGCAUUGAAUUACGAGGACUUGCUUAUUCCCACCAUUCAAGCAUUUGCGGAUCGCGACGAUAUUAUCGUGAUUGCCGCGCUGGGUGUCAAGGGGGCUUCGUUACCCGAAUCGGUUAUAGUACCCAGUAAUGCGUAUGUAGAGGAAUUCGUCCCGUUCGAUGAUAUUCUUCCGCAUUGUGAUGUAUUUGUUACGAAUGGUGGGUAUGGGGGUUUUCAACAUGGGUUGAGUAAUGGGUGUCCGAUGGUGAUGGGUGGUGAGACGGAGGAUAAACCGGAGACUUGUAUGAGAGGUGAGUGGACGGGGGUAGGGAUUGAUCUGAAAACUGGGGGGCCGGGGGUGGAAUUAUUGAGGGAACAGGUUGAGAAGAUUCUUGGGGAUGGGAAAUAUAAGAAGAGGGCGGAGGAGAUUAUGAGGGAGAUGGAGGGGUAUGAUCCCGUGGGAGUUUUUGAAACGGUGAUUGAAGAGGUGGUUAAAGAGAAGAGUGCGCUUGCUAAAUGA